AUGUCGUCAUCAGCUUCUAACCGACCUGGGAAGAAAGUGAGCGUCCAUCUCCUCCCCCACUCUGCCUCUGCGCGACUCACUCCACUGACCGACCAUCUUCCCUAUUCCGCUCCCAGCCCAAGCGCAACCAUCCUCAUCAACCCUCUCAAUCGUCUUCACAUGUCAACUCCGCCACAUCAGCAGGUGCGUCGUCCUUCAUCGCGAUGCACCACCCCGAGAAGCCUUCCGCCAGAGCUCAAGGUCACGAGGGGAAGAGUCGGACUUGGACCACUUCCAUCGCAUUGCCGAGUAGCAUCGUACUGAAUGCUCAGACUAUGGAGUUGAGGGCUUGGCUCGUCGGGCAGGUCAGUACUUCGCAUCGUGGUGUGGGACACCUCGCGUCCGGGCGAAAGAACUGACCGUGAGAGAAUUCUUCUCGUUCGACAGAUCGCAAGGACGUGUGCCAUCUUUUGCGUCACCGAGAUCGUCGUCUACAACGACAAUUUGCCCUCCACAACAACGAAUACGAAUCCCAUGGCUUCGGGCUCUCAAAAUGCUAGCUAUAAACCGAGAGGGAAAUAUAGGGAUCCGACGGAAGGGGGUGAAAACUCGACUUCGGGUGGGGCACAACAGGAGGGGGAGGAUGAUCCGCCGACGUUCUUGGCGAGGAUAUUGGAGUAUCUCGAGACACCUCAGUGCGUCCUAUUCGGACAUUUUAUCCUCUCGUCGGCUCCGAAUGGUAACGCCCUGAUUUGGCUGCCUUAGAUACCUCCGACGAGCGCUCUUCCCCCUCCACCCUUCUUUACGCCUCGCAGGUCUCCUCCCUCCUCUCGACCUCCCCCACCAUCUCAGGCGCGAUGACAAAUCACCUUACCGAGAAGGCGUCAUCGUUCAAACACCUUCGACACAAGGUUCUUCGUCGAACCACAAACGAAGAAACGGCUCCGAUGCGUCGGCCUUGCUAGUUGAUGUUGGGUUAUGGGAUCCGGUUCACGUCGAUGCGACCAAGUUGGAUGUCAUCCCUGAAUUGAACAGUCGGGUGACGGUACGGAUGCCCAAGGAUGAGCAAUCGUAUGGUCCGUCCAUCCUGCUCUUUCUUCAAAUCCAGAUCAAAGCACUGACAUCCCUUAGCUCCUUAAUCACAUAGCCGAUCUCAUCUCCCCUUCCACCCCAACGCUCGAACAAGGUCUCUACUGGGGAUAUUCAGUCCGAGUCGCACCUUCUCUCGCCCACGUAUUCUCCUCGGGCCCUUAUGCCUCGGAAGGAGGCUACGACCUCUCGAUCGGGACUAGUGAAAGGGGUGUCAGUGUCCAGGAUGUGUUGGACGAGAUCCCGGAGUUCCAGUGCGUUUGAGCAUCUUUUUAUCGCUUUGCAGAACAUACUCACUGAUCGAAACAUUCUCUGCCUAUUGACCAAAUUUAGACACAUGAUCCUCACCCUCGGUCCUCUAUCCGGACUCGAACUCGUCAUCGCCUCCGACCCACGCAUCAACCUCGGCGCCGAGGAAGCCGGGGAUUUGUUUGAUCAUUGGAUCAAUGUCAUUGAGGGACAGGGCAGUAGGACCGUUAGGACGGAAGAGGCGUUGCCGAUUGCGUUGGCGAGGUUGAAACAUGUGCUGGAGAGGAAGGGGAUAUGA